AUGGCUCAGGAGCACAAAAGGAUGGAAGCGUUUGGGUAUUCAGACAAGGACGGAGAAGUACCAUUCUGGCUGGAAGACAUUACCAAGGAGAUGAAAGAGACGCAUAUCAGAAACAGCAACGAAUCGCCUCCCACUCUCGACAAGUCUAAAAUUAACUAUGGCAAGCCUCAGAAUCUCAGAUUUGCCAAAGAAAAGAAAACAUCGAAGCAUUUCAUCUCGCAGGUUAACAAGAAGAACUUCUCUGGACACCACAAUGGAUUUGCUAACCAAACCUCAAAUGCAGCCGUUGGGUACACCCAGAACGGCCGACGAAAGUACCGCAACAGUCUUCUAGACUGGGACGACAGCAACGGCUCUUCAAACGACUUCUUGUCCGACCUGCUCCCGCACUAUGUGACGCCCCGCCACCGCAGGGAGGACCACGACUUUAACGACGUCAUACUUGGGGCGAAUAUACUCCAACUGGGGGACAAGUACUUGGUUGGGUUGAAUGGAAUAGAGCUGUUUAAUUCGGACGGACAACCAGUGCCAAUCGAAAAGGUAUGGACGGAUUCAGAAGCCGGCGACACCAAGCACGGUCGCCCCGAUGCAAUCGUGGAUGGAGUGGUACGAACAAGAGACGACCGACAUUGCUGGACCACUCAAGUACCGAGAAGUGCACCCGUAGUUCUUAGUCUACUCUUGGCUAACUGCGCUACUAUUGCUUUGCUCAGAAUUUGGAACUAUAACAAGUCCAGAAUAUACUCUUCACGUGGGAUUCGCUUAGUGCAAAUCAAAUUGGAUGACUGCGUCAUAUUCCACGGCGAAGUGGCUCGGGCGAGCGGCGAGCUCAAGGGCCUUCUUCCAACUUUCGGUGACACGAUCCUCUUCACAAAAGAUCCAUCAAUCCUCGAAGCCAUAAUGAUCAACGAUAGAAACUUCCAAGCGCUCAUGCGGGACAACGAGCCCAGCGACAUCCCUGCCGACAUGAGGCCCCCAACAGCAGAUGGGAGGGACAGGCUUAGUCCGAUGCUGAAUGAAUCCUGGGAGGAGCAGAAGGAGAUCAAAUACGUGGCCAAGAAGAUUAAGAUAACGCUCAUGUCGACGUGGGGGCAGAGGAAUCUUAUAGGGCUAACAGGAAUCGAAAUCCUCUGCUACAGCUCUACCAUCCACAUACACCGCGCCUACGCCUACACUUCUCACAUCUCUGAAGACCGCGUAGAUCCUUCCAAAUUGCUGGACUGCAAGAGCCUCUUCAACGGACGCAACAUCUCCACGGACUUUGAAGAUAUGUGGUGCACGAAUUUUGUAUCGGGGAGCAUGUUCUGUCAUAUUGUCAUGGAGUUACCGGAAACUAGUGAGAUUACAUGUAUUCGCAUCUGGAACUACAACGCCAACGUGGACCUGUCGUAUAUCGGGGCAAAACAUUGCCGCAUCUCCCUAGACGGCAAUCCUCUCCAGACCCGCCCGAUAUUGCUUCGGCGGGCACCUGGGGAUACCUGCUACGAUUACGUACAGCAGUUCGACUUGCAGGCUGAAGACCGGUUAGAAAAUCCAAAAGAACUAGACUACCCAGAGCUCUCCUUCAACGCUGGAGAACUGAGUGCGCCCACAGGCUUCGUCUUGCAAAUCAGCAUAUUCUCCACCUGGGGCGAUGCGUACUACGUUGGACUCACGGCAGUGGAACUGUAUGAUCCUAUGGGGAACCUCAUACCUGUCACUGAAACCAACGUGUGCGCGCACCCGGCGAGUGUUAACGUGUUGGACUCGCGCGCUCUGGACGUUCGGACACCGGACAAGUUGGUCGACGGGGUCGUCUCAUGUGACGCGGCGCACUCUUGGCUCGCGCCCAUACUGCCGCACACACUCAACAGGGUAUUUUUCGUGUUCGACGCGCCAGUAUCAAUUUAUGGCCUGAAGAUAUGGAACUACGGAAAAACACCCUCGCGAGGAGUCAAAGAAUUCGGAGUGCUGAUCGACGAUUUGCUCCUGUUCAAUGGCACGCUGGACUGCGCGAAGCCCGGCGACACGAUUGCACCUCAGUGGAUCUGCUUGCAGAACAACGAUGAUGACUCCACGCCAAGCCCCCCUCCACGCAGCACCACUUCAGGUUCGCGCACCGCCGUGGACCCCGCGGCGCGCCCCUACACCGGCGUCAGUCACCACAGACAGUGACAUCAGCAGCAAUGAACGAAUGAAUGAGUCAGUGAAUGAACGUGCGGAAGCCGCGUACAGUGCGUGAGAAAGGAAGAAGACAAGACCAUUUUGCGAUUACAGGUCAGUUCACGAAAGUUAGCAUGAAUGGGAUAAACGUACAAAUGUAGUACGAAAAGAUUUGCCUUCGUAUUGUUACGGAAACGUACGAACGUGUCAUGCUAUUUCAGUCAGUCUCAGUACAAGAUGUACUGACAUUUACUGAACUAGCAACACGUUUCCGAAAAAAUACGAAGGAAACUCUUUUCGCACUACAACUAACUGAUUGUGUGGGUGACACUUUUAGCGGUAUCCAGUCGUAACUGUCAAGAGCCACAAUUUUAUUCGAAAAUCUGUCACACACUUCAUUCACUCAUUCAUUCCAUUCGUGCCAGAUCUAGCGAAUUGACCUGUACGUCCAAUUACACCCGAAAACCAAAGGCCCUUAUAAAACUGGACUGAACGCGAAUGUUUUUAGAUUACGCGUACUUUUAGCCGAUGCCCCCAUUUGAACACGAAAGAAUAGAAUAAGCCCCCGUCGUCGACAACAAAACAUUCGACUUAGUAACAGAUGUGUUUUUGUUUCUUGUAUAGGUACUGGCAAAUAUGUUACCGCUGUUUUAAUAAAGAUCAACUUUAAUAAUCCGAAUUGAGUUAUAGGUAGUCCGUUUCUGUAAAGCAUAUGGUAGCGCAGACAUACGUUUAAAUAGAUCUAAUUACUAAUAAAAUUGUCUAAAAUCAAAUCUUAAAUUAGUAAUUAUAAAUCAACAUAGUUCAAAUUCAAAUAAGUAGACUGCACCAGCCAAAUAUAGUUUUUUCUUUAUAUACACAACAAAUUAGUGUAGACUUAGGUUAAGCCAGGAAAUAAGUUAUUUGUUCAUAAUUAAGUGAUUUUUCAAGUAUUGAUGUUCAAUGUUUAGUCAAAUAGACAUAGUAAGUGUACAGUAUCGUAGAUAAAUUCGUUGUAACCUGCGUUCCCGUCUAGA